UGUUUAUAAACAAUUGUUUUAGUUCGUCGACGGCUGUCUUCCCCAAAAGAGCGUCAUGUGGUCGCGCAGCAGCAGUUCCAGGCGACAAGUAUCCACCGCCGAUGGUGACCCCGAAAAGGUUCUAUCACAGGUUCAGGAUCUCAGCGAUUGGCUUCUGGCCAAUCCCCAAAUCAACGGAUGCAACACCUUCGAGAACCUCCACUUUUUCUUGAGAACCUCAAAGUUUGAUGUGGAGCGAACCAAGAAAAAGCUAAAGACCUUCUACCAAAUGCGAGCGGACCGCACCGAAUGGUUCGAUAAUCGCGAUCCCAAGUUGCCCGAAAUCCAGGAGUUACUUAAUCUGGGGGUAUUCCUGCCAAUUGGUGCGGAUGCAGAACAAAGAAUGGUGGUAGUCAUACGGACAGCGGCUCACGAUCCUAAGUUACAUACCCAGAACAAUGUAUUUAAGACCAGCAAAAUGAUAUUGGACCUGCUGCUUAAGCUCGAGCCGGAGACUUGUGCCCGCGGAAUGGUAGCCAUUCUAGACAUGCAAGGCGUCCAACUCGGUCAUGCCCUCCAAAUGAAUCCCAAGCUCAUCAAGAGAUCCGUAGAGAGCUGGACCGCAUAUCCAUGUCAACCCAAGCUUUUGGAGUUCACCAACGCCCCUCGCCAUGUAAAUUUUUUCCUAAAUACUUUCAGAAUAUUUAUGACGCCCAAGAUAAGAUCCCGACUUUUCGUGCGACGCGAUGGAACCUCUGUGAUCUGUGACCAAUUACCCAAAGAACUUGGUGGACAAGGCCUCAGCUAUAAGGAACUUUCAAUAAGGUGGAAACAGCUGGUGGAGGAGAAUGCCGAUUUUUAUGUGGAACAAGACAAAUACAAAAGCAAGCUCAAGUGAUUGGGGUUAGUGUGGCGACAGUGAUAACAAGGCGAUUAGCCGAAUGCUUUAGAUUAGUCGAAAACAUUUACAAUGCGCAAAUGCACACAAGCGCUUAAUAGUUGUCAUAUUUUAGAGAAGAGACUAUAAAUACCUAAUUUCCCAACAACACUUAAUUGUAUAUAAUAAGGCAUUCGUUAUACCUUUUCAAAAAAGUGGUAUUUUCAUCAUGGUAAUCUUAAUCACCUCAUUGAUUUUUUUCUUUCGUUCUUAAAUAAAGUGUCAAUGUACGAUAAACCUAAAAA